GUGGAUGCUGGAAACAGCUGACCAGAAAACUCACCCUUACCAGCUCAACUGAAAAUACAGUCGAGCAUCGAAUGGCAGCUGUGUUUACAACACUCCUUAAUACAAACAUCAUCCCGAGAAUCAAUCGCAAUUAUGGAAGUUUUCUGGCCUCUGGCAGUUUUUUUAAUAUACAGUGUAGAUCCUACAAAUGGAAACUGUGAAGGAUCCAUAGAUUUGGAAAAUGGACGUAUUUUCAAUACAGUGAAAAAUUUUGCUAUUUUUCGGUGCAAUCUAGGUUAUAUUCUGCAGGGAAAUACCUUUCACUCCUGCUAUCCAGAAGGUCGUCUUAGGGGUGAAAAACCAUUCUGUGCCAGGAGCGGUUGCGAAAAACCCAAGGAUCCCGAAAACGGACGUGUUCUGGAUGAUCCUUGGAAGGCGGAAGUCAUGUGCUUAGAUGGCUUCGUGCUGGUUGGAAGUCGCACUGCCUACUGCGAUGGAGAAAAGUGGAGCACCCAGUUGGGAACUUGUCGGAGGAGCAACCACACGAAAGACCACUCCUGUGACUUCGAGUCCGAAGACCUGUGUGGCUGGGAGUCGGAGGAGGGAGUCUGGCUAUCGUGGAAGCGGAUCAGCGUGGUGGGCGACUUUCACGACGUAAGAACGGGACCCCGAUACGAUCACUCUGUCGGCAAUAGUUCUGGAGGACACUACAUGCUCAUGGAGUCCCGAUACCAGUCCAACGGGUACUACCACUUCGUAUCGCCCAUCUAUCCAAAAUCCCUUUGUGCUAAGAACGCCUGCUGUUUCCGGUUCCACUACUUCAUGUACGGAGCUGGAGUGGAUCGCCUGGUGGUGUCCGUAAAACCCGCCUCGAUGAGAAUUGAGAACAUAUUAAACAGUACCAUCAAGUUUGAGGUGACUGGCUCACAGGGAACUCACUGGCUGGAGCACACAAUCACCCUCGACAAGGUGCAGGAGGACUUCCAGGUGAUCUUCAUGGCCAAGGAUGCGAGGUACCAAUUCGGAGACAUUGCCAUCGAUGACGUGAAGCUGAUGACGGGCGGGGAGUGUGAAGUGGCUGGCCAUGCCACAUCCACCGAGUCACCAUCGUCACAAGUAACCAGCAGCGAAGAGCCUUUUGUCUAUGACAUGAUGAGCUGCACGGGUCGUUGUGGGUCCAAGAGUCCCGGCAGCCCACUCUAUUCCGAUGAGGGUAUCAUCAUGGGUUGCGGAUGUGAUGAUUCUUGUCUUCUUGCCGACACUUGCUGCCCUAAUUAUUUCAGAGAAUGCGUUAAGGAGCUGGAAUUAGAUCCAGAUGAUGAUCUAAGCCUAGCAAAAACAGCAAAACCAACAGCAACCUCCUUAAGAACAAGAACAGUUUCUUUAAAAACUACAAUUCAAAGUCCUAAAACAUCAACGACUACGACGACUUCAACAACGCCCAGGACAACAACUAUUCUAACAAUAUCAGAGCCAAUAACUACAAGAAAGUUGAAUGCAACUUUACCCGGAGAAACCACAACUAAAGUGGUUUUUGCGAAAACAACUACGCAAACAACCACUUCCACAUUUAUUAGCAAGCAAAUUGCAGCCACAUAUAAUCGGACAGCGGAUGUUGGUCUUCAAGGCCACAUGGAUAUAAACAAUGGUAUUCCCAGCCCAGCCCUAAUAGUCCUCUACCUGCUCGUCGGCGUAGGCCUGGUGUUAGUAUUGGCCAAUGUCAAACAAGGCUGUAGCAUCCUUUUUAGGAGAUCAAUACCUGACGAGAAGGUAGUAAGUUUCAAAAAGGCGUUUGGGAGUGCAAGGAAGUCGGGGAGAUCGUCCAAACAUCGGGAUAGCAUGGAUCAGCAUUUGUGCGAUUCCUCUAACGAGGACUUGGAUUAUGAGGACAUCUGAUACACUACCUACUUAAGCUAUAGUAAAAUGAAAGAAACCACAUUGGGUGUGACACUGAAAUCUCUCUUACUUAAACCUAGGUUCCAACCGAAUUUCGACCGAAGAGAUAAUUUUGAUAAUAAAUUAGAUACUUGUAUAUAAGCAUUGAAUGUAAUCUGUCGGAUAAAUAAUAAAUAAGAUACAUGCGUAAGCCCUUUUAACGGU